AAAUGAAGGUAUUAUUUAAGACAAUAAUUAAGAAUUCUAAUCAUGAUAUUAACUUACUAUUUCCUGAUACAACAAUUUGAUUGCCUAGAUUAUUGAUACAUUGGUAAACAGUGAAUAGACUAAAUGUUUCCUAAUCACACUCCCAUCCUCCACAUUUUAUAUGAUAUUCAUAUAUCUUUUCCAUUCCUACUAGUUAAGCUAUUUCUGUAUUGAUUCCGAGAUUCAUAUCAGCCAUUCUUUUAAAUAUGCUUGAUGUGAACAGAGAAAUAAGAAACGGUGACAAACUACGGAAGCCAUUUUUCAGGAGACGUUAUUUCAUUCAAUUCAAAGCCUGUAAAAUAGUAACAUUUAUUUGUGUCCCUAGUUUUAUUCUACAGACCAUAAGCUUUCGUUUGAUUUAUGAUUUACUAUCAUAGCCUUUUCUGUCCUAAAGCUAUUUAGACGUAAUCUUUCGUACUCUAUUUUCUACCCUAAUCCCCAGUUUUGGACAUAAUUGUAUCGUCCUAAUUGUUUGUGCAUUGUGGUCUUGUUGGUUACCUAUUUAUUUAUGUAUCUUUUUGCACUUAUCUGAAUUGGAACCAAAAUGGAGUGUCAAUCGGAAUCAGGAAUAAAUUUGGUAGUGUUCCAAUUGGCUCGUUUUCUCUCUCUCGCAAGCUUGUCAACUAAUCAGGUGAUAGAAUACUUUUCGUCUCUCUACCCAAAGCAGUAGUCUCACUUCAAACUCACACAUACUAGCCUCAAAGUUAAACUAGUCAACCAUCUUGUCAAGUCCUUAACCUGGAUUGCGACAAACUAUCUUCUGUAUAUUGGAAGGGCAGAUAGAUCAAGGACGUAACAGUGCUAAAACUCGGUAGAGAGAAAAUUCUACCUGUGAUUUUUAGGUGUGCCAUAGAAUCAUGGUGUUUGGCUCUCUAGGUUCAAACGAAUCACAAAUGGGCAGUGAGGUUACCUCUUUUUGUGGCUUUUAUUAAACUUUUCAAUAUUACAAGUUACUAAAAUUGCUCUCACCCUUUUCAACAUUGUUAUUUUAUUCCAUCUCGAUUAAUCAAUAGGGUUUAACUACAGAUGAUGAUGAAGCAUUUAAACGAUUUCUAAAUAACUUAGUAUUCUCUUUAACUGAACCACCAACAGCUGAGGCGGAAAAUUUUAAUAAGGAAUUCUUACGACUUAUUGAUGCUACACGUGAACAUUGGAAUAAAACAAAGACAUGUAAGUUUUUCCUAACGGUAUGUUUUAAUUCUUUAAAAUAAUUUGAUGGUAUCUACAAGGAAACAGUGAGAAAGAUCAAUUAAAUAAAAUGACAUUUUGUUGUCUUCUGAAAGAUCAUAUAUUUAUUAAUAAUUGUUACUUUUAUUCUAUAAAAUUGACUUUAAACUUGUGGAUUACAUUUUUAUAGAUGUAUAUUUUAGUAGAGUUUCGUUUGCUGAGCUGGAUAGUUUAAUCGUGGGGCCUUCGUUGUUCUGCUGAACAACAUCAUCAGCACAAACUUCAAGUAAAAGUGAAGUAUUUGAAUUUCUCCCUAUGUGGUUGAAAGCUUGUUCUAUCGACCUCAAUUUUGAUUGGUUAUUGUUGUCGUUUAACCUGUCAUUGUCUACAUCUUUAUUUUGAUUGUCUCUGUCAUUGAUCUGACUCUUGGUCUUAGCUUUGCUUAUGAGUUUUUGAUUGGUUGAUAAAUCGGAUCGAUUUCGAAGUGUUUUUGAUUCCUAAUUGACCUGAGUCGCAAGCUUCUAAACGUUCUCUAGUGUCCUCAAUGUUUCUUUGAUCCGAGUUUUUAACAUUUUUUCUGCCGAAUGUGCGUCUACAUGGAUUGAUAUAGGCGAAGAUAUAUCAUGGCGUUUGACCGCUGCUUGAUAUUCGUCCAUGUGAAAACGAGCAGGACGUCCACUUUGUCCGAUAUAGUGCCUCGCACAGUUGGAUCACCUUAUUUUAUGGACGAUGUUUGACUUUAUUUCAUUUAUCACCACAACCCCCGCUUCGUAUAAGACUGAGGGAAGUGAUUUUUUGGUUUAUGUGCUACAAUUAUUCUAAACAGAUUCAAUAAUGCCUUUCCAAUUUCUGAUGUCUUUUAUAUAUGGAAGGUUGAUCCGUUUAUCGGUUUCUGUAUUUGAUUUCGUUUUUGCUGAUGGUCUACAAUGAUAUUUUUCGAUGAAUUUGCAUGGAUCGCCGAUUCUUUUUAAAUAUAGUAAUGAAGUACUUAUUUUAUUUUUUUUCGCUCUGUAAGUGUGCUGGAGUGUGUUCUUUUCCUUCAUUAGUAAUGUUUGUACUUAGCUAGUUUUGUCAGUUCUUGGGUUGUUGCUACUGUAUUUAGAAAUUUGAUAUGUAUGGGUUGGUUUCUGAUGUACUUGAGUCUCAAUGUUUACUCAAUAUAAAAGAUAAAGGUUGUCAGUGAUUUUCAAAACAAACAUUAUCCCAUUAAGGGUUCAUCAUUCGGAUACGUUUGUAGUGUUGUACCAAAAUGAUCGAAUCAACUAAAUUCAUAAUAUAGACAACAUUGGAAUCAAGUUACCAACUCUUCUUUAACUAUAAUUUUAACACCUGUUAGAUAAUUUAUUUUUGUACAUUAAUUUCAGAUUAUUCUCACUGAAUAUUUUCAUUUAGCAACUAUUAAUAUCUGAAUACUAGAAUCGCAGGGACGCUACUUAAAACGUUUUAGGUAAUUUCCGUCACGGAAUGAAAAUUAGCUGUUUUUAGUAUGUGAUCAAGCCUCUGUGUUCUUCGAUUUUCAAUUAUGCCUCAGUCGAUGUUAGGCUUUGGCAUAAACCACCCAAAAAAUUAAGUUUUUUCUCAAUAGUGACUUUGAAUCUUAAGUGUCAAAGUGACGUUUCUGUUAUGAAUACUACUACUCUACUCAAUAGAUAAAAAGUAGUAUAAGAAAAAAAGUAUGGUCAAUCGAUUUAUUUUAUUCUUUAUAAAUUUAUUUGCAGUUGGAACACGUACAUCAGAUAGCAUUCAUCUACGUCGAACAGAAAUUGCAAUAUUUCAAAGUCUGCUUGAUUGGAAUAAAGCUCAUAUGAGAACUAUAAAACAAUAUGAACAAGAAAACAUUAUACCACUUGAUUUAUCACAAAAACUCAAUGAUCUUCAAGAGCAAAGUUUUCAUAUGAUGGAAACUGUGACACUUGUCAAUGAUUUAGCUCAGAAGGAUAAGAAAAAAUUAGAUAGUUUAUUAAAUCAAUUAAGAAUAUGGAAUAAACAAACAAAAGACAAAAAUCAAUUUAAUAUUUAUUCAUUAUCAUCAAGUUCUGAUGAUGAAUGGUUGUCAAGUUCAGGUUCGGAGUAUAUAAAUUCAGAAAGUACUUAUGAAUCGAUUGAUGAAACAGAAACAUCAUAUAUCGUUCAUUCGAAACAAAUUAAACAACCACAUUUUACAAGUAGUUUAAAAUUUCCACAUAAAACGUUUAUACUGCCAGCUAUAUUCACAUAUGAUGAAGAAAUGGUGUGUAGUUGUACUACGAGUGAAGAAAUUCAAAGUAUUGGUACUGGUAGUUCUUGUACAACCGACGAUGAAAUUGAGGAUUAUCAAAAAUACCAUUUAAAACAAGAUUUUCUUACAAGAUCGGAGGACGAUUUCUUGAAAGAAAAUAAAAAUUUCGUAACUACACUUGACAAACAAAUGUUGUUAACACUUGAACGGCCAAUAGAUACAAAAGAUAAACCAAUAACAUACAAGAGUAGAAAAUACAUCGAUACAAAAGACGGUGGGCGCUACUCAGUUGUCUAUAUCGAAGUAGCGCCAACUGAAGAAACUAAUAUACUUGAUUCCACUGAUCAAGAAAAUUUGAAACCGUCAACAAUUUCAAAAUCUACGCAAUCAGAAGAUCCUUUGAAAAAAACAAAAUUUACACGGAGAACAUGGAUAGAAAAGCAGCAUGUUGAAGAAGCAAAGAGUUUGACUAAAAUUGAAGAGUCAGCUAGAAUAAUUCAUACAAGGCCUAGCAAAGUUCAAAUCACAGAUAUAGGUAUAGAAGCACGUCCAACCUUCAGAAGCAUUGAAUGCUGUACUAGAGAUCUUAUAACCACAACUUCACAAUCAAUAACAGAAUUACGAAAACAACCACGUCAAAUUACCAAACAAAGAGAGAAUGUUCAAACACAAACAGAAAAGCACUCUGAAGAUUUCAUCUACGCAGUUAGGCAGUACGCACAUGUAAAAGAGAUAACAGAAGCUCAAUUCAAUCAGCUCAUUCAACAAGAAGUAGAAAAGUUGAAAUCUAAAGGCAGAGGCGACAGAGCUUGUCAAACUUAUGAAAUAAUGAAAAGCCCUGUGGGAAUAUAUAAAAUUACAUCUGAUGAUCAUAAACCACAUGAAAAAGUUUCAGAAAGUCCACGAUUAAGAGGUGAAUUUGGUUGUCAGUUUCAGCAACAAAUAAGACUUCUUGACAAACAGGAGCACUACCUUAUAGAAAGUACACCUAAAACAACCAUGUCAGAAAUGUACGACAUCGAGACAAGUAAUGAAGAAAAUAGGGCAAUGUUUGGACAGAUAACCGAAUCAAAAUUAGUAACACAAAGUAUCGCAUUUGUAGAUCAAAGACAAAUACAUAGUAGAGUGAAAUCAGAGGAAAGUUCUUCGGAAAAAAUAGGAAUAUAUGUUGAAAAUAUCCAACAAUACGAACAAACCGACGAAGAGAAGAAGGCAAUAUCAAGCCUAAAAGACAAAAUAUACAAAAUGAAAAUAGAAGCCAGCAUACAAACAACAAAAUUCCAAUAUGACAGUUGGACACAAACAAAAAUGGACAAAACAGAAAACACAGAAAAGAGAGAGGAAAAUCACAGUAUCAAAACACAAGACAGCAACAUAUUACAAAAAUACGAGACAAGAAAUGAAGACAAGUCAAAACAAAAACAACUCAAAGUGUUCCAAGCACCUCUCGUCACCGAGACCGCCUCAUUGGAGUUACCCACACCUGAACCUGUUCGCAAAACAUCACUAGUGGAAGCCACACAGUUCGUGAAACGUUCCACAGUCGACCAACAAAUCGACACAGUACCAGUCUCCUCGUCCGACGUGGGUGCACAGACUGAGCCACACAAAUCUCUACUCGACGGUGCUGCCCAUUUGUCGUUGAAACGCACCGAUGCGACGUCACAAGCCAAACCUGUCCAAUUGUGCAUGGUGGAUUCUUGGAGUGAGAUCCAUGCACCAGUGAAACCAGAGACACCAGUUGUUCCGGUCCACGAACCACCGAAACGCAUCCAAACAUUGGAAGCCUGUGUGCAGACGGUGAAGGAGAGUUUGUGUCUUGUGGACACUUCUGCUAGUGUGAUGAGUAAAUCGGGGAAAGUUUCACCGAUUUCUGCUACCGAUGUUUUUGAUUCAAUGGCGUCCUCUGUCUUCGAUAUCUCUGUUUCUGCUACACCUUCUCUCUGUGAUUUUUGGUCGCAAUGUAAUUUUUCAUCGAUUAUGAGGUAUCCGAUUGUUGAUAGUUUUGUGAAUUUUGAUCUGCCUGAAUCCUUAUCAUCUCCACUUGUUGAUUCUUGUAGUAUAAUGGUCUUUGAUUGCUCCUCUGUAGGAACUUUAACUGAGCCAUUAAAGCCUGUUUUUCGUGAUCUGAAAAGUCCGAACUUAAUUGACGCAUCUGGAUUCUUCCUUGUUGAUCCUGAUUAUUUGUCUUCAACAAUUCAGGACGAAGAUGUCCCUCUUGACUCUGGAGACCUUGAAUGGGAGUUAGUUGACGAUAAUUUGAAAGAAUUACACCGUUGUUUGGUGAACAGUUGUGUGCAAACUGAAGAGUCAAAUAUUUAUAGGCCUGAUUCUCAAAGAGAACACUCUCCUUCCCUACCUGUUAGUCAAUCGCCUACCGUCAACAGGAAAAACUUUUCAGUCCAGUAUAUUUAUGAGCCUGCUCAAGAAAAUGCUUGCUGUCAAACCCAGCCCAUGACCUCUGAUAAAAUUCAAAAACAGAUCAUUAUCGAUAAUCUAGAUGCUGAAACCAUGACUGACGAUAUAGAGUCAAAUGUUGCCGUCUUACUUCAAAACGUAAGUUCUACAGACAUCAGAGAACGUUUAAUUGAACGUUAUUAUUAUUCUGCACCAUGCAGUGCCAUGCUUGUGACUGAUGCAGAAGUUCAAGUCAACCUGACUGGCUCAGUUUAUAAAGGACACUCAAAAGAAUUCUACGUAAAAGACAUUUCUACAGACUAUAUUGUUGAGCAUCAUAUAGAAAAUGAAAAUAUAAUACUAGAAGAAUCGAGUGGACAUGAUGACAGUGAACAAACUGUGUCAGGCACAUCAUAUUCGCGAUACAUGAAGCGCUUGCUUCAUGAAAGUGGUGUAACUGAAGUUUGGGAAAAAUGUCCCCCAACGCAUUCUGUCUUUGAUUAUUAUCAAAGCCGUCGUGAGUUUGGGUCGGUACGUGAGCAGGCCUCUAUGGCCAUGGAAGAGCCCGUUACAGCAGCAGAUGUUGGCAUUCAAAUUGUAUUCGAUUCAUUUUCACAUAGUUCACCGUCUGAAUCCGAAAUAUCAAGAUCUGAAUCCCCGCUUAGUGGAUCAAGUUACACUUAUGAAGCAUAUUUGAUGCGCUCAAGACUAGGACAAGUAUGUGAAGUCCAGUGUCAAUUCUGUCCUACACAUAUACCAACAGCGUCCCAAACGGAUCAUUACGGAAUUUCUAUGCAGACUGAAAGACAUGACAAAUUAAAAGAGGAUAUUUUUGAAAUUUAUCAAAGAAGACUCAUUAAAGAUCAAAUUGCAGAAGCAUGGACUCAAGUUGAACAAGAUUUGUACACAGAAUCUCGAAUGGAAGAAGUUAGUGAACCUAUCGACCUAAUCGAAGAACGUAUCUUGGAAAUAACGGAGAAGAAAAGUAAAAAAGUUUAUAGUCAAAUAAAAAUUACGGAGGAAUUCACAGAAGAGGAGGAUUUGAUUGUUUGUGAAUUGGGUGUACAAACAGAUCCGUUCUAUGAUCAGCAAUACUUUAUCAAAGCAAAACAAAGUCAUUCUUCAAUAGAUUUUCGUGAAGAAAGUCCUAGACGUUUAAGUACUACGGGUAUUCAGACAUCAGUAAUUCACCUGGCCAGUAUUAUCUCUUCAGGUGACAUAGCAUGGGCUGAUGAGGAUCUGUGUGAGGUAAUUAAGGCAGGCAUCAGAUUGCUUGGAUCUGAUGAUCAUAAAAGUGAAGAUAUAUCUGUGUCAAAAUAUGCGUCUCACCAACUAAACAUUUGCGCUAGAUUACCAACUGAUUCUAAUGAAAAGGUGCUUAUUAGUAGCGGCACACAAGUAAUUCCUAUGGAAUCAGAUCUCGAGAAAAAGUUCCAGAAGGAAUGGCACUCAGAACCUAUCUCUUUCCAUGAAUCUGCAGAACCCUUCCAAUCUGAUGAUAUUGUAGGAAAAGUUGGAACGCUUAGAGAAGAAACCCACCACAUGUCGAAAAUUUUAGUUCAACUACGUCAACGAACAUUACAGUAUGAAUUAUUUGAAUCACAAUAUUCAACAUCAUGUAUACAAUGGAAUAAUAUCCGUGAAGUGGCCAGUCCAAGAACAGGAUUAUUUGCACCAGUUGCAAUGGCAAUAAGAAGAGGAUGGAUUCGACUUGGUGAAACCAAUGAAUAUGUGGAUCCAAUGACCGGAGUUGCUAUUCCACUAGAAACGGCUUAUCAACAAGGACGUAUACGAUUAACUAGUUCAUCAAGUCAUUAUGAUAGAAAUGUUAUAACAAAUACACCUGUAUUACUAUUAAUUGAACGAGUAUACUUUAGUUGGUGCAAAGCCUAUUUAACAAGCGUUGUUAAUACGGCUACAGGAGAAGUACUAUCACCCAAUUUAGCAAUAGCAAAUGGUAUACUUGAAACAACGGAAGAUGAAAUACGCCUAUUAGAUAGUUUAACAAAUACAUGGAUUACUAUAGAAGAAGGUGCUGGUAGACAAAUAAUACAAUUAGAACCAUCAACUCCCACAACAGAAUCUAUGGAAGAUGAAUUAGAUGAACCAGUUAGCUGUAAAGUUUAUCAACUCACUCAUGUUUGUCCUGGUGGUGAACCAUCUCCUUGGUUAGGUCCAUUAGAAGCUGUACGUUUGGGAUUAUUAAAUUGGGAAACUGGUGAAGUUGCUGCUGAUUGGCCAGCAAGACCAAUGUUACGUAGUAUGAAUUCUACAGGGCAUUUAUCAUCGGAAGAUUUUAUCCCAACUAAAUGGUGUAGUUUUCUAACUGCAAAACAAGCUGGUUGGUUAAGAUUUAUUGAAGAAAUAGAACCACAGCGGUAUAUAACAACAUCAGGUACACCAAAUAAAGAGCCAGGAUCACUUCUAUUAUCAACACAAGUAAAUCUUUUAGCUCCAUCUCAAGUAUCAUUAAAUUAUGAACAAGAUGAUAUUGAAGAAAAUUAUCCUCAUCGACCUAAUCAAUAUCAUCAUGAAUUCAAUAUACCAAGAACUAGAUCAGAUGAUGUUUUUACAACUAGAAAUAUAAGUACAUCUAACUUAUAUCAUCCAAUUAAUGUAUUACCUGAUACUAGAAGUGUAUCAUGUACUCGAAUUGAUAUAACAUCACCAUUAUAUAAUGAUUAUAAAUUAAUUCCAUCACAUGUACAAGUAAGACAUGAAAAUGAUGAACAUUCAUGGACAAGUGAAACACAAAUAUGGGAAGAAUAUCAAGAGACUUCAUCAAGAACUAUUUCACCUGAUAAUGCAAGAGGUCAUCAAUAA